CCCGUCCCGUCCCGUCCCGUCGGAAGCCUCUCUCCGGAGCCCCGCACCCCGCGGCUGAGUGGACUCCCGGACGGGGGCACCAUGGGCUGCACCGGCAGCACCCUGCGCUGCUGCCCCAGCGGCGGCAAGAGACGUCGUAAAGCCAAGAAGCAGAGGGGGCAGGCUUCCCAGGAGCUCACAGUCUUGAAGACAGAAAAUGCCAAUGCCACCCUGUUCCCUGAGGAUGGGAAGGAGAAGGCAGCAUUGCAAAACGAACAGACAGAGAGCAUAACAUUCCUCCAAGGCCAGGAAGAGGAGCAGCUAAAAGAUGCUGGCCAGGCAGAGACCAGGAGAAACACCCAGGAUAUGAGCACCCAAGUGGAAAAGGAAAAAUACCUGGAGCUGGAGGAGCAGUUGGAUGCUCUGAAGAGAGAGCACACAGAAGCCCUGCAAGAGCUCCAGAGAACUCAUGAGCAGGAGAAGAUGCUGCUGGUUGAGUCCCAUCACAAGACCCAGGCAGCCUUACAGGAGAUGAUCCAAGAACAAAAUUCCCAGCUGAAGUCUUUCCAGGAGACAAUGAAGCGGGUGGAGGCAUCACUCUUGAACACAGACUACAAGAAGCAUAUCCAGGAGCAUGGGAUCCCCAGUCCCUUCUGGGAGCAGGAGCUGGAGAGCCUGCAUUUUGUCAUCGAGAUGAAGAAUGAGAGCAUCCAUGGCAUGCAAAAGAAGCUGAUGAACCUGGAGACUGUGGUGGGGAAGAACCUUCUGCUAGAGGAGAAGUUGAAGACCCUCCAACAGGAGAACGAGGACCUCCAAGUUCGCUACCAGAACCACUUGGUCAUGGCGAGGCAGCUGUCGGAGGAGCUGUUGGCCGCCCGCGAGGCGCUGGAGAAGGAGAAGCAGCUGCAGGAGCGGCUUUGCCGUGAGAAGGAGGAGCUGCUGUACCGGCUGCUCAACGGGGGGGAUGGAUCUGCCUUCCCCAUGGCUGCCGGAGAGGUGUCCCUCAUCGCCACGUAGCACACUACUGCCGGGCUUCCUUCUGGCUGUGUUAGCCCAGGGAUGCUCUCCCUGGUGUCCUUGGGUCCAGCUCAGCCCUCCAGGCCACCGGGGUGAUGGAGCAUUUCAUGGGACACUUGCGCCUGCCUUUCCCCAACCUCUGCAGGGCUGAGGUGGGCCCUGGACAUCCCCCCUGUACCAUCCCCACACACCUUUCUCUGGUAGAAAGCUGUGGGGGGCUGUCUGGGGAUGAAAGGGGUCAGCCAGGACACGCAGACGUGCAUUGGGCUGGAUCCAACACGGUGCUUGGCUUUAAGCAUGUCCAGCAUCAGUGCUGUCCCCCCAGGGAUGAGGUGAGGAAGAUGAGGCUGCUGAUGAGCAGAAGGAUGAGAGGAGGGUGCCAGGGACCUGGUGGUGUUAAAGCACCUCAUUCCCUGGGGAGCAUCCUUGGGAAGCAGGUGGCCAAGCCCAGGGCUGAGCCGCAGAGGCUUUCACAAGGCAUCAGCAAAGAGCAGGAGGGACGGGAGCAGCUGGGUGCAUUUGCCACCACCAGCACUGUCCUUGCUACAGACCAUGACAACACAUCUCAUUUUGGGGCUUGGCCUCCUGCUCAUGGGCUGCUCUAAGCCCAUGCCACCCCCAUCUGCCAUCUGCUGCUGCCCUGCUUGGACCCAUUUUACUCCCUAGGGACACCCAGGCAAGGCUACCACCCACACCUUCCUCUCUCCACCACCUUCUCCAUCUCCAGCAAACAGCUCUCAGGGAUCACUGCCAUGCCCCCACUGACUGCCACACAAACACCAAUCUUUGUCCUCAGUGCCCAUCAGCAGCACCACCUGCCCCACCUUUUCCUCUAAAGCCAGACAGAGGCUGCAUGGCUGGGGGUGCAUAUUUGGGGAGCAGAGCAUCCUCCUGAGAGGAAGCAGGCUUCAGUAACCUCACUGCCUGCUCUGCAUCCCCAUGGAGUAAGACACUCCCAGCACAGCUGCAGGUCAGGCUGGAUGCACACAAGCACUUUCCACUGGGUGCACAAGAGUGUGGGACAGGCACUACUCCAGGGGCUGUCACUGGCCUGUCCCCCCAUCAGGGUUGUUUAGUCUGGGUGUAUGGGGGUGUGUGUGUGCACCAGGCCAGCAUUCUCUGGGCUGUAACAAUUGCAAGUCUGUAAGAAGCAGCAGCCCAGAGAAUCCUGUGCCAGCUAUUUUGGAGAACCAGUGUGAAGCAUCUCCUAGCAGGGCCAUGUGUUGUUCAACUCAGGCAGGGGGUGCCCAUUGUGUCAGAGCAACGUCCCACAAGGGCACCCACUGCUCCAUGUAUCCCCCCAGCUCAGGGAUGGUGGGGCAGCCUCCAGCACCCUCUAGCAACUACAGGGAUAUGGAAGGGAUUUGGAAAAGGGAUACCAGUGUUGAGCAUCCCGCUCCCCCAAAAGC